AUGGCGCAAACACCUUCAAGUCCGUCUCUUCCUGUGCAGCCGCAGCAGCAACAGCAGCAGCAGCAGCAGCCGCCGCCGCAGCAUGAAUCCCCCAUUGAGCCUUACCCAUCUUACAAAUCCCCCACGGCGAGGUCUGACAAUGAUGUACCCAUAGAUCCGUCCAUUACGGCGCAGAGCCCUACUUACGCGACACAUGGCCAAUACUCGCCCUAUGCGCCGGCUUCCGGUGACAUGCAGCACGGCUACCCGCACAGCGGUGGCUUGUAUACCCAGCCGCGUCCGGAUUGGACCGGCUACGGCGGCCAGCCGACCCCGAUCACCCCUGGCCACCAUGUCUUCCCACAGGCACCUAACUCGGCCCCGCCCCAGCCGCGCCCAACUCAGGUUUACUCUUUCGUACCCAUCCCCGGCGCUCAGCAACACAAGCGUCCUCGACGCCGUUACGAGGAGAUCGAGCGGAUGUACAAGUGCGGCUGGAACGGCUGUGAAAAGGCCUACGGCACUCUCAACCACUUGAACGCACAUGUGACCAUGCAGUCUCACGGCCAGAAGCGCACCCCAGAAGAGUUCAAGGAAAUUCGAAAGGAGUGGAAGGCUCGCAAGAAGGAGGAGGAAGCACAGCGCAAGGCCGAGGAUGAGCGCCAGCGCCAGGCUGCGGCUGCGGCUGCCGCCUCUGGUGGCCCUGCCGGUGGUGACCCCAGUGGCCAGCCUGGUGACGGCGGCCAGGGUGCGUCCUCAUACGCCGGUAGCCGGCAGCUCCCUCCGCUGGGCUACCAGCCAAACUCAUAUCCCGCCCCGCCCGCAUCCGGCGUUGCAGCCUCGUCGAUUCCCGCCGACUACAACAGCAACUACAUGCACCAGAACUACCCGCCAGCGUCGCCUUACGGACCACCAUCCAACCAGCAGAUGUAUGGCCCCCGUUAA